GACGGCGGAGGGCGAGACCGCGGCUGGGACCCGAGCCGAGGGGAUGGCGCGGGCGGGCGGCCGGGAAGAUGGUAGGAGGUGGGAGCGCUGACGCUGGCGCGCCGGGCGCUGCCAUGGUUGCCGGGUCGCGAUGGCAGCCGAGGGCCGGCGUGGAGGCCCGAGACCCUGAUCUGAGCCGGGGCGGCGUGGCGGGCGGGAGGAGCGCGCCUUCGCUCGCGGGCUCCGUGGGCCCUGGGGCAGGGCGCGCGGCGGGUGGACCGACCGGAAGGGGGGCGCGGGCAGCGCCGUCCUCCUGUCAGGCGCGGACGCCUGGCGUGGGGUCUGAGCGCUCCGCGGCGGAGCCCCCUGAGGCCCUGCUCGUGUGGACGCCGAGCCCGGCCCGCGGCGCCUCGGUCACGCCGGCGCGGAGGGGGCUGGCACCGAGUCCCCCACCGCCAUGGGCCGCGGGGUCCUUUGUUCCCGCUCCACGUUGCCCGCUCUUCUUGCCAAGCGCGGGGAGAAGGGGGCGGGCGGAGCUUGGGAGUGGCUGCCCUGACGUAUCGGCGCUGAGUGACUGCGGGCCCGGCCAAUCCCGGGCGGGGGUGUGCGGCGCCGGGCUCGCGGCCGCGCGGCGCGGGGAGGAAGGCCUGGGGGUCAGCCUGGCACUCCGGGGCGCUGACCACUCUCUGUUUUACGAAAGAAAUAGGUGGAAAGGCCAGCGAAGAAUUUGGGGAAUGGGACAUAGGAUGUGUACCUUUUCACAACUCUUUUAAGACUUGUUGAAUUGCAUUUUUCACUUACAGUAAUCUCUGUGGGCUAUGGUAAGUUGUAAAUUUCAGAAUAUUACUAACGUACUUUAAUUACUUACAAAAUUGUCUUUUUCUUACAUUGACGUGCUAGAGAAUUGAAAUAUUUAUCAUAUAUCAUAUUUCACCUCAGUUUUAAUUUUAAGUAGAUUAACUGAAAGUAUACUUUACCAAACAAGUUUCAUACUCUUACAUGACUCUGGGAUGCUUGGGCAUCUGGCUUGGCUUUUCAAAGAAAAACACUUCUCCCUGUUUUUAAUUCCUCUAAUAAUCUUGCUUGAGCUUCAUAGACUAAGUAAGAUUUGUGAAUUUUGGGAGUGGUUUAAAGCUCUUGAUUUGCCUAACCUUGCAAUAAUGAAAAUUAGUAUGAACUUCCAAAAACAAGUUUGCAUUAACUUAAAUGUCAUCCACCUGUGGACUAGCUUUUAAAACCAACUAAGGCUGUACUGAUCAGUAGAUAUUAAAGAGAUAAGGUUUGUGUUAAGAGUGAUAUGCAGAAAGUCAAGUACUAAAUAUAACAAGACUAUUGUAGAACUCAUAACAGUAUUGUACACCUUCAUAUCCCAAGAGUUAC